AUGGCGCUGGUGGAGGUGUCUGCUUGCAUUCCUGUACUUAGGCUGGCAAGAACCCGUAAGAAGGUUUUGUUUUAUUGUCACUUUCCUGAUCAGCUUCUGACCAAGAGAGAAUCUCUCCUAAAGCGCAUCUACAGAUUACCGCUUGACUGGCUGGAAGAGUACACGACUGGCAUGGCAGACUGCAUCGUUGUGAACAGCAGGUUCACUGCCAGUGUCUUCAAGGACACGUUUAAGUCCUUACAUCACAUAAAGCCAGAUGUCCUCUACCCGUCGCUCAACAUCAGUAGCUUUGAAACAGUAGUUCCUGCGGACAUAGCUGACCUGAUACCAAAAAAGAAAAAGUUCUUGUUUCUUUCCAUUAAUAGGUAUGAAAGAAAAAAGAAUUUAGCAUUGGCUCUUGAAGCUUUGCAUGACCUUCGAGGAAGACUUGAUUCUCAUGAGUGGAAUGAAGUUCACCUGGUUAUGGCAGGUGGUUAUGAUAAACGAGUUCUGGAAAACGUGGAGCACUACGAAGAGCUGAAGAGACUUGCAGACAAGCUUAGUGUUAAUGACCAUGUCACUUUUCUGAGAUCUUUCUCAGAUGAACAGAAAAUCUCUCUUUUUAGUAACUCUGUAUGUGUGCUUUAUACACCAAGCAAUGAGCAUUUUGGCAUUGUUCCUCUGGAGGCAAUGUACAUGAGAUGUCCAGUUAUAGCGGUUAAUUCAGGUGGUCCUUUAGAAUCAAUUGUGCAUAACGUUACAGGAUUUUUGUGUGAUCCUCUGCCAACACAAUUCUCUGAGGCUAUGGAAAAAAUUGUGAGAGAUCCUCUCUUAAAGGACACAAUGGGAGCAGCUGGGAGAGCCAGAGUUACAGAAAAAUUUUCCUCAGAAGCAUUCACGGAACAGCUGUACCAAUACAUAUGCAGAUUAACACAAUAAAAUUAUAUUCUCAUAUU